AAACCCAGAUUUACCUACCAGGUUUCAGGGUUUUCCGACCUGUCCUCAAUACAAAACCAGAUUGUUGCCACAAUUAAGAGCUUUUCAAAAGAUACAGAUGAAACUGAAAGCCCAGGAAUUCCAAGAGUAGUAGGUAAGAACAUGAGCAUGGGUUUUAAACAUUGGGUAGUGGAAAAAGAAAUAUAAUGUACCUGUCAAUUUUGAGAAUGAUGUUGAAAUUAAAGUUUAGUCCAACGGUAAGCUAGCAAAACCAUUCUACCUUUUAGUUGUAUCUGUUGAUUGCAUUGGAUCUAUAAACUUCAAAUCCUUACAUACUCCACACAUAAUUCCAAGUAAAGAAUACUGAAACCAUAUAUAUUCUGUGCUAUUAUUUCACAAUUUACGAACAUAUGCCCAUUCAAUUCUUUAUUUCAUGUUGGCUGCUAUCCUGCCAUGGAUGUUUCCUCCUCAGGAAACCAUGACUAUGUUCUCCAUACAGAUCUUCUUUCUGAUACACCACCAUUCUUGUUUGUCUUAUUUCCUCUUUAAAAUUAGUGUCUUUUCUUCUGAAAAGAUGAGAUGCUGACAAAGCUCUUGGAGUUCUUUUUCAUACAGAUGUAAUGCCUGCUUUUCAAAUACAGUUAAUCUUUUCUGCAACUUUCCAUCUUUUCUGCACCUAUAAUUACAUGACUGAAAAAUGUUUCAGACAUUUUGAAAUGAAAAAUAAAGGGUCUUUCUGCCAGCUGUUAUUUAACACAUGAUUUCAGUAAUUGAUUUCUGUACUAUUUGAAUAAAGCAUAAAGCAUUUUCCAUGUUUCUGUGCAAUGUAGAGAAAUGCUUUGUAAUAAGGAGUAGAGUAGAAAUAUGAACAUGGGCAUUGCAAUGGGAGAUUCCACUUUGGCAUUCCAUCUUUUUUCUUAAUCUUUUGUAUAGGUAUAGUUUUAAGUCCUUCUUGCAUUAUAUUGUCCUGAUUAAUGAUCUCUACUACCAUUUUCUGUUUUCUUUUUCUUCAUAAAUCCUAGUUGAUACAGGAGACAUCAAAAGGGAUGUUGUGUUUCUGCUUGAUGGUUCUGAUGACUCCAGGAAUGGAUUGCCUGCUAUCCGAGAAUUCAUUCGAAGGAUGGCUGAAGACCUUGACAUUGAUGGGGACAAUGUUCGAGUUGCCGUUGUACAGUACAGCCAUGAUGCUUCAGCUUACUUUUACUUAAUGACUCAUAAAACCAAGAAGGAUGUUGUGUAUGCAGUGAGAAGCCUAAGACACAAAGGAGGAAGACCCCGUAACACUGGGGCAGCGCUCCAGUUUGUUAGGGACAAUGUCUUUACUGCUUCUGCUGGGAGCAGACAUCUGCAAGGUGUUCCUCAGAUUUUAUUUGUAUUGACGACCGGAGGGUCAAGUGAUGACGUCACGGGUCCUGCUGUGGAUCUGAAAGGCCUUGGAGUCCUAUCUUUUGGCAUUGGGUUGAAAAAUGCAGAAGAAAAUGAGCUCCAGAGUAUUUCCUACACUUCCAGGUUUCUUUUCAAUCUGCCUGCCUUUGGUGAACUCAUGUCCAUUCAACCAGAAAUCCUUUCCUUUAUCAAAUCAAAAAUGGAAGUUGAGCCUCCAACUAUAGUUGUUGAACUAGAUGCAGCAAUGAGAGACAUUGUGUUUCUGCUGGAUGGGUCUGAUGGUACUAGAAAUGGAUUCCCAGCAAUGCGAGACUUUGUUCAAAGAGUAGUGGAGAAACUGAAUGUGGAGGAGAACAAAGACAGAGUUUCUGUGGUCCAGUACAGCAGAGAUCCAGAGGCUCAUUUCUAUCUGAACACACACUCAACAAAGGGAGAUGUCAUCAAUAGUAUAAGAAACCUGAAACACAAAGGAGGAAGGCCCCUCAACACUGGGGCAGCUCUCCAGUUUGUUAAGGACAACGUGUUUACCGCUUCUGCUGGGAGCAGACGCCUGGAAGGUGUUCCUCAGCUACUGAUUUUGCUGAGUGGCGGGAGGUCUCACGAUGUGGUUAGCAUCCCUGCAUCAGCUCUGAAGGAGGAUGGCAUUGUGCCACUCACUAUUGGGACAAGAGAUGCAGAUAUAAUUGAGCUACAGGUGAUCGCACACACUCCCAGCUAUGCCUUGUCUGUCCCUGGAUUUGAUGAUCUUCAGAGUGUUGAUCAGCAUCUCUUAUCGUUUGUUAAAAGUGUGCCUCGUCUGCCGAGACCACAACCAACAACUGUUGUAGUCAAAACAGACACAACACAAAGGGAUAUUGUGUUUUUACUGGAUGGUUCUGAUGAAACUCAGAAUGGAUUUCAGUCAAUACGAGACUUUGUUCAAAAUGUAGUGGAAAAACUUUUCUUAGAGGAAGACAAAGACAGAGUGUCUGUGGUCCAGUUCAGUAGAGACCCAGAGGCUCAUUUCUAUCUGAACACAUACUCAACAAAGGGCGAUGUCACCAAUAGCAUAAGAAACCUGAGACACAAAGGAGGAAGGCCCCUCAACACUGGGGCAGCUCUCCAGUUUGUUAAGGACAAUGUGCUUACUGCUUCUGCUGGGAGCAGACGUCUGGAAGGUGUUCCUCAGCUACUGAUUCUGCUGACGGGAGGAAGGUCCAGUGAUGAUGUCCACGGUGCUGUUACAAUGUUAAAGGAGUUUGGAGUCAUUCUAUUGGUGGUUGGUGUGAAAAAAGCAGACACUCUUGAGCUUCAAAUGAUUUCUCACAAGCCCAGCUACUCUUUUUCAAUUCCAAAUUUCUAUGAUCUUCCAAGUGUCCAACAGCAAGUUGUUUCAGCAAUAACAAAAGUCACAAAACUCACCUCCACUGAUUUGCCAUCAGUGAUAGCAGAUGAUGGGAAAAGAGACAUUGUGUUUUUACUUGAUGGCUCGGAUGACUCAAGAACCCAAUUCCCUGUAAUUCUCAACUUUGUCCAAAGAACUGUGGAAAAAUUUGAUGUGGAGAACAGAUUUUCUGUGGUCCAGUACAGUAAUAAUCCUGAAGCUAACUUCUAUCUAAACACAUUCUCUACAAAAGAAGACAUUCUUGAUGCUGUACGUGGCCUGAGACACAAAGGAGGAAGACCCCUCAACACUGGGGCAGCUCUCCAGUUUGUUAAGGACAACGUGUUCACUGCUUCUGCUGGGAGCAGAGGUUUGGAAGGAGUUCCUCAGAUUUUAAUUGUUUUGAGUGGUAAAAGAUCAAGAGAUGACAUUAGAGGUCCAGCAACAGCUUUAAAGGAAUCUGGAGUUGUUCCAUUCAGCAUUGGUACUGCAAAUGCUGACACUCUUGAGAUACAAACACUGUCCCAUGAUCCAAAAUAUGCUCUAUCUAUUACUGAUUUUAAGGAUCUCCCCACUAUGCAAGAGCAGUUUUUUGCUUUGGUUAAAGAGGUAUCUCAUCGUAAAUCAGCAAUAAGAUUGAAAGAUUUCGAAUCCAAAUCUAUAAAACGAGAUAUUGUGUUCCUUCUUGAUGGAUCUGAUGAUACAAGAAAUGGCUUUGAAGGAGUGCGUCGCUUUAUUCAAAGACUAGUGGAGAAACUCAGCAUGGAAGACAACAGAGAUCAGGUUGCCCUGGUCCAGUAUAGCAAAGAGGCCACCGCCAAUUUCUAUCUCAAUUCUUACUCAACCAAAGCUGAUGUGUUAAAUUCAGUAAAAUCCAUCAGGCACAAAGGAGGAAGACCGCUCAACACUGGGGCAGCUCUCCAGUUUGUUAAAAACAAUGUCUUUAAUACUUCUACUGGGAGCAGACGUCCGGAACCUGUUCGUCAGAUUUUAGUUGUUUUCAGUGGAGGUCGGUCUAGCGAUGACAUUAGAGGUCCUGCCCAAGCUCUGAAAAACAGUGAAAUCAAAACAUUUGGAAUUGGAACAAAGAAUGCAGAUACUUUGGAGUUGCAGACUAUAUCUUUCACACCUUCUCAUACUUUUUCUGUUUCCGAUUUUGAAAAUCUUGAAAGUGUCCAAGAUAAAAUUAUAUCUGCCAUGAGUGGUGCUCAGGAAAUACUCCCUGAAAUGACUGACUUCUCUGGUAAGAAUGUGGUUGUUUAAAAAUGUAAUAUUUUAAGAUUGAGUAACUUUUUGUAUAAACUUUUCCUUUUGGAAAACAAGAUAAUUGAAAUAACUGACAUUCAAAUUGCUUUGUAUUGACCUAUGGUUAAGGUUGCAUGCUGGUACUGAAUAGAAAACAUGGCUUGUCUUUUCCAAUUAAUUUUUAUUAGUUUCUGAAUUUAAAUGUCAUAUGUUUCAUAUUUGACUCAGAUUCUGGAAAGAUGGA